UCUUUAAUUCUUGAAAGUUGAGUUGAGAUCGCCAUACACAAUUCAUCUAGUUUACCAAUUUUGAGAAUACAAUUUGUGAAUGUGUUAUACUUGAUCAAACAAAGGUGUUAUUUCUUAAGCUAAAGAAUUGGAGUUAAGCUAAUGUAGUGUUUAGACAGGUAAUUUGUAUAGGUGAACCUUGACAAAAAUAGGCUGUGGCUGGUCGCCAUCUUGUUAAAGAUUUAAUUUUUGACCCAUCUACAAGAGUCGAUGAUAAUUUAUAAUAUAUUUAUAAUAUUUGUAUAAAUUUUGUCAUCAUGACUGAUAAUUCUUCUAAAGAACCCCCGUUACAAACUAUGAGUGGCAUGCCACCCAACCACAACCCAUGGAUGUACAGUCUUUAUCACCAAUACAAUGGGUAUCACGGUGGCAUGUUCCCGCAGUUUUAUAAUCAUCAGUACUUCAAUCAAAUGGGAAAUUCUGGAGGAUUUCAUAACGACGGUCAUCAUUUUCAACAAAAUAAGGACAAUAAAGUUGAUUUCGGUCAUCCUCAGUUUUCCAAACCUCCGCCUUCUUUGUUAGGAAUGUCUCCACUUGAUGCCAGUCGUCCGUUUAAUAAUCAAUCCCCCAUCAGGUUUAAUCUCUCUGGUAAUAGAAAAUCUGCCCCCAUCCCACCAAACGAAAAUCCUCUUUUGGCAAAUAGCAAUGCUAAGAAAAAGCGCAAGAAGGGAAAUAAAACAAACAGCGAAUCAAAUGAAGUUUUGUUACCCCCUCUGCCAGAUCAUCCGCCACCGCUUCCUCCAUGCCCUCCGCCUGAUUUACCUAAGCCUCCUCCACCUCCUCCGCUGGAUGUUCCAUUACCACCUCCUAUUGCAACUGAAGAUAUUCCCGAACCGCUAGAAGAACCUAAAAGUAACAAUAAUGAAGAGAAUGAAUUGGAGAAUAUUGUCCCAAUUGACAAUUCUUCAAAUUUUUUAAAAUCAUCUCCAAUACAAACAGGAACAUGGCCUGAGAGCUUAGAAAGGUACAUUAAGAGAUGUUAUGAGAAGUGUAAAACAGCAUUUGAUCGUGAUCAAAUUGAUAUAUGUUUAAAGGGACGUAUUACAGCUGCAGCAAACAAAGAUGAAAUAUGGACUAGAAACUGGGAUGAGGAACCAAUUCCUAGUGUUCAUAGUGAAAGGAAUAAUUUGUCCGUGAAACCGGUUCGUGGUACAUUAGCACUAUAUCAAAAGUCUGAGGCUGUUUCAGAGCUUUAUAAGGGAAAACCUGCAUUAAGCACAAGAGGUUUUAAUGGACACAAGAGCCCUUCUCAGAGGAGGCGUAAAGCUCAUUCUAGAAGUCACUCCAAAUCUAAAAGCCCACCAAGGAAAAGGAAUAGCACUUCAUCUGGUUCCAGUGAUGAAAUUGACGAUAAAAAGAACAAGAACAAAAAUCGUCAGAAAGUCAAAGAUAGAUUAUCAUUGGAUCAAAAGAAACCAGAAAAAUUUCAAAAAAAUAAUAAGAAGAAAGCUUGUAAUCAAUUUAUAGUUGAGGAUGUCCAGGGCAAUGCUGAAAAAUUGCAGAAGAGGGCACAACGAUUCGGAAAUGUAAAUAUUCCAACCAUAGCUAGUUCUGUACAAGCAAAUACUAAGAGGCAGCAACCCUGUCCAAGAAAGCCUAUUAUACAAGACACGGAAGGAGACUAUGAGCUCAAUAACAUGCAUAUUGUGGGAACAUCUACUGAAAUUGAGAAGUCUUUCUUGAGGUUGACUAAAGCACCAGAAGCUUGUGAAGUGCGACCUGUAGCUGUAUUAAGGAAUUCCCUUAGAAAUGUUAAAGAACGCUGGAUAGAUAGACAAGAUUACAGAUAUGCAUGUGAUCAAUUAAAAUCUAUAAGACAAGAUUUAACAGUGCAAGGAAUACGAGAUAAUUUCACAGUUGAGGUAUAUGAAACACAUGCUAGAAUAGCUUUAGAAAAAGGAGAUCACGAGGAGUUCAAUCAAUGUCAAACACAGCUUAAAAUGCUCUACUCCGAACUACCAAAUAGCAGGGCUAAUGAAGCUGAAUUUAAAGCUUAUAGGAUAUUGUAUUAUAUAUUUACCAACAAUACAUUAGAUCUUACAACAAUAUUUCAGCAUCUCUCUAAAGAGGAUAGAGAAAAUGAAUGUAUUAAGCAUGCACUAAAUACUCGAUGUGCAUGGGCAACUGGAAACUUACAUAAAUUUUUUGUGUUGUAUAAGACAGCUCCAAUGAUGGCAGGAUAUCUGAUAGACUGGAUUGUGGACAGGGAGAGGAAAAAUUACCUCAAAUUCAUCAUAAAGUCCUACAGACAGAGUGUUCCUGUGGACUUCAUCGUUCGAGAGUUGGCGUUUGAGUCGAAAUCUAAGGCUUUUGAGUUCUUGAAUCAAUUUCCUCUAUCUUACACUGGCAGCGAUCAGAGUCACAUUGAUUGCAAAGCCAGUCUACAAGUUGUUAACCAAAACAUCUAACAUAACAUAUGUACAUUUGUGCAUAGCCGUCCUGUUAAAAUAAAUUUUUUUGUAUGUGUGAUAAUGUAAAGGCUUUUAUAGUCUUAGGGUCAAAAACUUCGGCGGAGUUAAUACGGCCCACAAUGUUAUCCACCUUCGUUUUAUUAGGCUCAGACGGCAACACAAUAUCGCAUCACUACAGCUUUAGCUGAUGAAGUUCUGUUAAACUAUUUAGUAGCAGUUUUGGUGAUAAUGCUCGAUUUUUUGAAGAUUAGUGAUUGUGCGCAAGGAAUCUGCUACAUGGAAAAGGAAGACUAAGUGAAAGGACAAUUCAGCAGUGCUAAGACUUUUUAGAAAACAAUGCAUGUGCAUAAAAGGACAUUAAAAUAAUUGUUAAUUAUUCUUUUACUGUAAAUACGACAAUUUUUUAUUCAUCUGUAUAUACUGUUAUUAUAAUCAUAAAUUAACUUUUAAUUGCAUUAAUCUCUUGUAUGUAUCAGGCUCUAAUAUGAAAUUAGAUUUUUCAU